AUGAAACAUCUUCUUGUCCCUCUGUGUCUGCUGGGAUCUCUUUUACAUCCAUUGACUCGAUGCACUGCCGCAACCUCUGAGUUUCACCUGGAAGGAGAUUAUUGGAUUGGUGGACUUUUUGAUAUCCAUCAUGCCAUCAGCCCUACUCAUCAUGCCAGACCAGAAGCAAUCGACUGUUCCAUUCAACCCUUCAGCCUCUCAAAUUAUCGGAAGUUUCAGCUGAUGAGAUUCUCCGUGGAGCAGAUCAAUAACUCCACCAGCCUACUGCCUAAUUUAUCUCUCGGCUAUGACAUAUUUGACCACUGCUCAGAUACGCAGAGUUUCUCAGGAAUUUUGAAACUCAUCUCAGUCAAUGACUUGAUCCAUCCUUGGGAUGAAAAUCACAAGAAUCUGUCCAAAAUUAUAGCAGUGGUCGGUCCGUUUACAAGCACUCAUUCCCUGACUGUCGCCCCGCUCUUCAUGGCGGAUCUCAUUCCAAUGGUCAACUAUGGAUCCUCGAGUUCUGAAUUUUCAAUAAAAAUGAAAUACCCCUCUUUCCUGCGGACAGUGCACCCCAAUAAAGACACCAUAGAAGUGAUUGUUAACAUGGUGCUGCACUUCAACUGGCGCUGGGUUGCUUUCCUUUACAGUGAUAAUGAUUUUGGAACUGAUGGAUUGGACUUGUUCAGAAAGAGGAUAAAGGAUACUAAUAUCUGCCUGGCAUACAGCAAAGGCCUCAGCGACAACACAAACAACUCCCUAGUGUUCAAACAGACAGAAGCACAGAAGAUAAAUGUAUAUAUUGUGUUUUCUCCUGAACUGACCGCUGAAGCUCUCAUUGAAGCAGCAAUACAACUGAACGUCACAAACAAGGUGUGGAUAGCAGGAGAAAGCUGGUCCUUAAGCAAAAAGCUCGCCCGCAUGAAAGGAAUCAAAAACAUUGGAACUGUCCUUGGGGUGUCUCAGCCAGUGGUAUCAAUACCUGGUUUCACUGAUUUUAUCUAUUCUACCAAGAGCCAGAGGCGUUGGGAAAACACAGAACAACAGAGGUUUUGCAAUCAGAAUUGCAACUGCAGUGACCCGAGUGCUGAGGAUAUCCUGACUGUGAACCCAACUUACUCUUUUCCUGUUUAUUCUGCCAUAUAUGCCAUCGCCCACGCCUUGCACAAUACCUUACAAUGUGGAACUGGGAGAUGUAAUAAAAAUAUGACAGUGUACCCACAUAAGGUCCUGGAAGAGCUGAAGAAGUCAAACUUCACACUUUUAAACCGGACCAUUCAGUUUGAUGAGAACGGUGACAUCAGGUUCGGCUUAUACGCCAUCGUUUUCUGGGACCACAGCGGUGAUGCACAGGAGAUCGGCUUUUAUCAGUUUCACCCGUUGCACUUCGUCAUCAACGACACCAAAAUCAAGUGGUUCGCUAAUGGAGAAGUGCCAACUUCACUGUGUUCCCCAGAAUGUUCCGAAGGAUACGAGAAAAAACAAAAUGGAAUCCACGAAUGUUGCUUCACUUGUGAAUUGUGUCCAAAUGGAACUUACAUCAACAGCACAGAGGAUCCCUACACCUGCAUCGACUGCAAGGACUCAGAAUGGUCUGCAGAGGGAAGCACAUCCUGCAAUCUGCGGCUGGUGGAGUUCAUACCGUUCACAGACAGCGGGGCCAUACUGAUCAUGCUCGCUGCCGUGGCCUUGGUGGGCCUCACGUUAGUUGUGUCUGUUCUCCUUGUCGUCAACUACAACACACCUGUUGUCAGAUCUGCUGGAGGACCGAUGUGCUUCCUGAUCUUAGGCUGCCUCAGUCUGUGCAGCAUCAGUGUUUUCUUUUACUUUGGGAAGCCGACAGUUCCUUCUUGUGUCUUAAGGUUUUUGCCAUUUUUCUUGUUCUACAAUGUUUGUCUGGCGUGCUUUGUUGUGCGCUCUUUUCAGAUUGUUUGCAUUUUCAAAAUCGCUGCCAAGUUCCCCAAACUCCAAACUUGCUGGAUGAAAUAUCACGGACAGUGGCUGGUCAUCAUUGUGGCGUUUACAGCUCAGGCGCUCAUACUUAUUAUUGGCUAUUCCUAUGCUCCCCCAAAACCUUACAAUGAAACAAUAUGGUACCCAGAACAAAUCAUACUUAGCUGUGACAUUGACUUUAAAGCAGUACUGGGUUCUGUGAUUUUACUUGCAACUUUGUGCGUCCUUUGCUUUAUUUUCUCCUACAUGGGAAAAGACCUGCCGAAAAACUACAACGAGGCCAAAGCCAUAACCUUCUGCCUCCUGCUGCUGAUCCUCACAUGGAUCAUCUUUGCCACCGUGUACAUGCUCUAUCGUGGCAAGUACAUCCAAAUUCUGAACGCCCUGGCUGUACUCUCCAGUCUCUACUGCUUUCUGUUGUGGUACUUUUUUCCAAAAUGUUACAUCAUCGUGUUUCAACCUCAAAAAAAUACGCCGCAGUACUUCCAAGGUCUCAUUCAGAAUUACACCAAAACUAUCAGUCAGUAG